AUGGAUGCUGAGGUGGUCGCGGUGCCUCUUGCCAAUGACCACCUCGUGCUUCGGUUCAAAACGACGACAGACAGGGACCGUGCAAUGUCCAACGGGCCGUGGGUGGUGGCAGGACAACUACUCGCUAUGGAACCCUGGUCGCCGGACCUUGUCACAGGGCAUGACGCCGUCAAGACGGCAGUGGUAUGGCUCUGCCUGCCUAGGCUCCCAGUCGAGUACUGGAACAGCGCAACGAUACUCGAAAUCGAGGCAGAGGCAGGCCGGCCAAUCGCCAUCGACAGCCUCACAGAGCAGAGGAAGGUAAUGGGGUUUGCGAGGGUCCGGGUGGCCAUCGAUGUCAUCGCCCCUCUUCUACCCGAUGUCCAGCUCCAUGGGACGAGAAGACCCUUAUGGCAACCCUUCGUGUAUGGGGGCCUGCCCGGAGUUUGCUUCCGGUGCUGGCGGAUCGGGCAUGCAGGGGAGAGCUGCACCUUUCUGCAACCGGAGAAGGUAGCCCUCCGUGGUGACCUUGGUACGAGCCCCGGAGCUGCCUCGAGGCAGCUGGCAUUCGGGCCCUGGCCCACUGCUAGCUAG